CACUCUGAUUUCUUAACAAGAAAAAUGGCUAAGAAGAAGCAUAUUCUGAAGGAAGAGGAAGAACAUGAUUCCAACACAAAAGAAGUUUGUCGAGCUGAUUUCCCUCCUGACUUUGUCUUUGGUGUUGCUACUGCUUCCUAUCAGAUUGAAGGAGGUGUCAAGGAGGGUGGCAGGGGUGCAAGCAUAUGGGAUGUUUUCUCACACACUGAAGGAAAAAUUAUUGAUGGAAGCAGUGGUGAUGUGGCAGUGGAUCAUUAUCACCGGUACAAGGAAGAUGUCGACCUUAUAUCUGAGUUGGGGUUCAAAGCUUAUAGAUUUUCGAUAUCAUGGCCUCGUAUUUUCCCAGAUGGUUUGGGAACCCAAGUUAAUGAGGAGGGAAUUACUUUCUACAACAAUUUGAUUGAUGCCCUUCUUGAAAAGGGUGUUGAGCCCUAUGCGACUUUGCAUCAUUGGGAUCUUCCAUUGCAUCUUCAUGAGUCAAUAGGAGGGUGGUUAAACAAGCAAAUUGUAGACUACUUUGCUAUCUAUGCAGAUACUUGCUUUGCACAUUUUGGCGAUAGAGUAAAGACCUGGACUACAAUAAAUGAGCCACUGCAUAUUGCUGUGGGAGGGUAUGAUACUGGAACAUCUGCCCCUGGGAGACGUGAAAAUUCAUCAACAGAAACAUAUUUGGCUGCACACCAUAUGAUUUUGGCCCAUGCUGCAGCUGUUUCCAUAUACCAAAGUAAGUACAAGGAUAAGCAAGGGGGACAGGUAGGAAUAGUGGUCGAUUGCGAAUGGGGAGAGGCAAAUUCAGAUAAAUUGGAGGAUAAAUGUGCUGCAGUAAGGCGGGUUGAAUUUCAGCUUGGAUGGUUCUUGCAUCCAUUGUAUUUUGGAGACUAUCCUAAAAGCAUGCGUGAGCGACUCGGGGAUCAGCUUCCAGAGUUCACAGAGGAAGACAGGGAGUUGCUUGAUAGCUCCAUGGACUUUGUUGGUUUAAAUCAGUAUACGUCGAGGUUAGUUUCUCAUGCAGCAGAUGGUGCUGAAGAAGGUCAUUUUGAUAAAGCACAACAGAUUCAGAAAAUUGUGGAAUGGGAAGAUGGCGAGAUGAUUGGUGAAAAGGCGGCAUCAGACUGGCUCUAUAUUGUUCCUUGGGGCAUGCGGAAGGUUCUUAAUUACAUAGCCGAUACAUACAGUUGUCCACCAAUAUAUAUUAUGGAGAAUGGUAUGGAUGAUGAAGAAAACGACAGUGCCGCUCUCCAUGAGAUGCUUGAUGACAAACUGAGGGUUCGGUUUUACAAAGGAUACCUUGCUGCUGUUGCUCAAGCAAUCAAGGAUGGAGUGGAUGUGAGGGGAUAUUUCGCAUGGUCAUUAAUGGACAACUUUGAGUGGUCUCAUGGCUACACCAAGCGCUUUGGUUUGGUAUAUGUUGACUACAAAAAUGGCCUCAAUCGCCAUCCUAAGUCAUCUGCAUUUUGGUUCAAGCACUUCUUGAAAGGUGCUGACGAUGGAAGUAACAAGAACAAUGAAGAUUGAAGAAUGAAGAAUGAAGAAUGAGCAAUUACAAUCAGCAUUACAACACGUUGUUCAUCUCAAUGCCCAUAAUUGAGCAAAUGCAAAUAAAGACUGUGGACUUUUUUUUUCAGUUAAAUCUUAAUUUGAAUAAAUAUGGUUGGCGACUAUCUGCCAUAAACCACCCUUUUGUAAUUAUUUCAGGUUUUAUCAAGUCAAGAUGCUUUUAUCUCUAAUCUAUGAUCUAAUGAA